GAAAAAAGGACUAAGCUUUGAAGAGAAGAGAGCUCGCAUGAUGGAGAUCUUCUUUGAAACAAAAGAUGUGUUCCAGUUGAAGGAUAUAGAGAAGAUUGCUCCAAAAGAAAAAGGGAUUACUUCCAUGUCAGUGAAGGAGAUUCUGCAAAGUUUAGUUGAUGAUGGCAUGGUGGAUACUGAUAGAAUUGGAACUUCCAAUUAUUUUUGGGCUUUUCCAAGUAAAGCUCUUCAUGCCAGGAAGCGUAAAUUGGAAGAACUGGAGUCUCAGUUGGCUGAAAGCAGUCAGAAGAAGGAGGCUUUACAAAAAAGCAUUGAGAAAUCAAAAAUCGGACGUGAAGAUACUGCAGAACGUGCAGCUCUAAUAGAGGAACUUGCAGCUCUCCGGCAGAAAAAAGAGCAGCUAAAAGCAGAAGUAGACAAAUACAGAGAAUGUGAUCCAGAUGUUGUUGAAGAAAUGCGCCAAACAAACAAAGUAGCCAAGGAGGCAGCCAACAGAUGGACUGAUAACAUCUUUUCAAUAAAGUCCUGGGCCAAACGUAAAUUUGGAUUUGAAGAGAGCAGAAUUGACAAAAGUUUUGGAAUCCCAGAAGAUUUUGAUUACAUUGAUUAACGUUCAGCAGCUGAUUGCUGACACAGUUGUACAUAGUUUGUUAAGUAUUGCUCAGCUGGCAUUUAUAUGUAUAUCUGAUUCUUCUCUAAACAACCUAUCCCCUUUUAAUUUUCAGUUUUUGUUAAAGUUAAUAAAAUUCUAAAAAUACUUGUUGCACUUUCUUUUUACCAUUUUUUUCUCCCUGUACACUCUGGACAGUAAAUCGCUUGGUACUUGUGUGAGACAAGCUAGGCAUGGACAGGGGUUAUAGGGAAUAAUUACCCCUUUUUUUUCUUUUGCUAAACUGGAAGUAAUAUCAGUGAGAGCUAGGAGCUCCAAGGAAUUAUGUUUAAACAGGUUGAAGGCUUAGGAAUAACACUAGAAGAUAGGCAAGAGAAUAAAAGUUUUCCCUGAUCAAGAUAAUGAAAUACAGAAGUUGCGUAAUCCAUUGAGGGAGAACGUGAGGCAGUAUGGAGGUGAAUAGAAAGGCCCAGGCUUGAUUUCAGCUUGUUCUUUAUUAUGUUGCUAGAGCUGCUUGUGAGUUUGGAGACAAAACUUCUUGUUGUUGAAAAACGUAGUUCAUCAGAGCUAAAUCUUUUCUUGUAAGUGCAGCAGAUGAUGACAACAUUCAUGUUGAGAAAGCUUCUCUGGUUGAGAUUGAAGCUGCAUUGGAGAGAAGGCAAAGCAAACCAUCCAUCCAGCUGAUCUGGAGUAGACUUUGGAUGCUAGUUUGGGAUAGGAGAGACCAAAUUCCAAUUGCUGUUCAAAAUUGGGCCAAUUUGGGCUAUUUGGAUUUAGGU